AUGGAACGCGGCCACAGUCCCUCUUCAGAGCCAAGAACGACAGCGACGAAGGAGAAAAAAAGCAGCAGCGAAUUGGUGAGUGCGAAAUUGAUCGAAUGGGAGGAUUACGAGCAGGAAGUCGCGCGAUUGUGGAGCCUUUCCUCUGCUCUUAAGGAAGCUAGAGAGAAGAAGGAAGGUCUGGAGGGGAAGCUUCAUUCGCUCAAUCAGGUUGAAGCUGAGUCAUUAAGUCGAUUGAAUGUGCUUGAAGAGAUAAGGGAGAGGGUUGGCGCUAGGAAAAAGAUGAUGGAGAGCUUGUCAGACCGCUUGCAGGGUGCAGAAGAGAAAGCUAAGAAGGAAGAACAAAGACUUGGUGCAGAAGUUAGAUCGCUUUUGGUAGCAGGAACUGCUCUUUCUGUGGCUAACAAGCAACUGGAGGAAUCAAAUAGGUUACUUGCUGGAGAAAGUGGAUUUCUUCGUCACAGAAACUUGCAGAAGAUGCUUAGGUUGAGGCAACAGUUUAUGAUAUCACAGGUGUCAUUGCUUUAUUCUGUAAAGAUGUCACCUGGACGUUCGCAGGAUCAAGAACUUGAAUCACUGCCUAGCACUAGUAAAUCAGGGAGCUAUGCUGGAUCUAAACUUGUAAACCCAGGAUCCUUGACCAUUUUAGGUCUGCAUCUGACUAUGCUUCCUUUCACAAAGAUGAGCUUUUUCUCCAAUAAGAAGGAGGUCCAGAGGUCUGCAACAGCCCUAGGAUAUGUUGCUCAUGCUGUGUCACUUAUAUCCUCAUACUUAAAAGUUCCCAUCCGUUACCCUGUGCGCUUGGGUGGUUCUCAUUCUUAUAUCAUUGAUCCUUCACCUUCAAUAGAGCCCGUAUCAUCAUCAAUGGGGUCGUCAAGUACAACAUCUCAAUCCAAUGUGAAGCCUGUUGAAUUCCCCCUUUUUCUAGAUGGUCAAGAUACAACACGAGCAGCUUAUGCUGUAUUCCUAUUGAACAAGGAUUUGGAGCAGCUCUUGAAUUACAUUGGUGUCAAAAGUUUAGGGCCACGCCAUGUAUUGGCUAAUUUGAAGGAGCUUGUGAGGACAGUGCAAUCUGCGGAGUUUUUAGAAUCGUGA